CGACUCUCCACUAUUGGCAUCAUUCGUGUUCAAUUUUAUUUAAUUUAGUCUUAUUAUGGCUCUCAAUGAUGAUCAAAUUGCAAAUUUAUUGUGUGGAGAUUUAUCAGAUAUUGAUGAAUUUGAAGAGUCAGAUAAUGACGAAGAAAAUAUUGAUUUCCUGGAUGCUUUCAGAGACAUGGACCACUUUUUGCAUCAAAAUGAUCUUGAAUUAAAUAAUUUAGAACAAAUAUUUGGUGAUAUUCCAUUCAAUGGGGAAAAUUCAACACUCAAUGCAAAUGAUCAGGUUAAUCAAGAUGAUGAAAAUGUUGCUGAUGAUCUUCAUGAAGAGGUACUUGAUGAUGAUAUAGACAAUUAUACUCCAAUGGUACCUAAUUGGAUAAGUGGUACAUGGGAAAAUCAAAAUUAUUAUUGUGAUAUUCAGUUUAUACCACCACCAGCUAAAUUACCAUUUUCUCCUCUUGAAUAUUUCAAAAAAUUUAUUGAUUCUGAUAUGAUAAAAAAUAUAUCAUAUCAAACUAAUCUUUACUCAACCCAAAAAUCUGGAUUUUCUAUGAAUACUAAUGAAACAGAAAUUGAACAAUUCAUAGGUAUUCACUUAAUUAUGUCAAUUAUAAAACUGCCAUCCUAUAAGAUGUUUUGGAAUCAAUAUUUAAGACAACCUAUUGUAGCAGAUAAUAUGAGUCGAAAUAGGUUUGAUAAACUUAGAUCUAAUAUUCAUUUUGUGGAUAAUACUCUCUGUUUGCCUUCAAAUAAUCCAUUACAUGAUAAACUUUUUAAAGUCAGACCAUUUAUAGAUUCAAUAAAAAAUAAUUUUAAGUUGAUUGACUUAGAGGAACAUUUAUGUGUAGAUGAAAUUAUUAUACCAUUUAAAGGCCGGAGCACUAUGAAACAGUAUAACAAAKCAAAGCCUCACAAAUGGGGUAUAAAAGUAUUUGCAUUAGCAUCAAAAAGUGGAUUUGUACAUGAUUUUGAAUUUUAUGUAGGAAAAGGAACAAUAAAAUCAAAAUCUACUCUGGGAUUAAGUGGUGACAUAAUUAUUAGACUGUGUGRUAUUAUACCAAGGAACAAGAAUUAUAAACUUUGUUUUGACAACUGGUUUACAUCAUAUCAAUUGAUGUGCAAUUUGAAACAAUUUGGAAUAUURGCAAAUGGAACUGUUAGAAUAAAUAGAAUGUCAGGAUGUCAAUUCAAAAGUGAUAAAGAAUUAAAAAAAGAAGGAAGAGGCACAUAUGACAGUAAAAUUGAUACUAAUAGUGGCAUAGUUGGUUGUAAAUGGUUCGACAAUAAAUUUGUUCACCUAUUUUCUAACUAUAUUGGCCCUGAACCUACAGAUGAAGUUCAACGUUGGUCCACUACAUCUAAAACGAGAAUUCCUGUUCAAAGACCUGCUGUAGUAAAAGAGUAUAACUCAUUCAUGGGUGGUGUAGAYCUGCAUGACAUGUUAGUAGAAAUAUAUCRCAUUGAUAUUAGAAGUAAACGUUUUUAUUUAAGAAUAAUUUUUCACUUAAUUGACAUGGCUAUAGUUAAUAGUUGGAUUUUAUACCGUCGUCAUUGUAAACAACUAGGUAUAAAAAAAUUUGAUCCCUUGGUAAAUUUUAAAUCAGAUAUUGCACAUGCAUUAAUCUUGUCAGGAAAAAACAAAGUGAAGAAAAGAGGUAAGCCAAGUUCUUCAAAUUCUACUACACCACCACAAAAAAAGUACAAAACCAGUASAAGACCUGUUAAUGAUAUACGUUUUGAUUGCUAUGAACAUUGGCCUGAGAAUAUCAAUAAUAAACAGAGGUGUAAACAUUGUAUCAAGGCUUAUUCCAGGACUUGGUGCAGUAAAUGCAAAUUAGCGUUAUGCUACACUGGACCUCGUAAUUGUUUUAAAGAUUAUCAUCAAAAAUGAUUUUAUCUCUAAGUUAUGGAAAGUUUAAAUAUAAAUUAAUA